GAGACAUUCAUGGAUUACAGCUGUGAACAUUUUUGUGAUCAGAAAGACUCAACAAUUAUUGCUUCACUGGGCCCACAGCUAGGAUUUCAUAAUUUCAUUCAUCACAACGUUGAAUGGAUAUUCUGCUGUUCACAUCUUAUAUUGCUCAAUCAUAACAUCAGUAUAGCAUCCCUGCACUGAAUCCCUGUUGUAAACUCCAUCUCAAAUCUCACACUUCCAUUCAUCAUUCAAUCCAUUUCCAACUCCUACCAUGGCAGCAGAAGUUGUUGGUGGUGCUCUUCUUUCUGCAUUUCUUCAGGUUGCAUUCGACAGGCUGGCUUCUCCUCAAUUUGUAGAUUUCUUUCGUGGAAGAAAACUUGAUGAGAAGCUGCUCGGCAAUUUGAACAUCAUGCUGCACUCCAUCAAUGCUCUUGCUGAUGAUGCAGAACAGAAACAGUUCACAGAUCGACACGUCAAAGAAUGGCUUCUUUCUGUCAAGGAGGCUGUCUUUGAUGCAGAGGAUCUCUUGGGUGAAAUAGAUUAUGAACUCACCAGAUGCCAAGUGGAAGCUGGAUCUGAACAUCAAACCUUUACUGACAAGGUAUCUACCUUCUUCAACUCUACUUUCAGUUCAUUUAACAAGAAAAUUGAAUCAGAGAUGAAAGAAGUCCUAGAAAAACUAAAAUAUCUUGAACAGCAAAAGGAUGCUCUUGGUUUGAAAAACGGUACUUCUUAUUCUGAUAGUAAGGUGUCACAGAAAUUGCCAUCUUCUUCUUUGGUGGUUGAAAGUAUUAUCUAUGGCAGAGAUGCAGACAAAGAAAUUAUCUUUAAUUGGCUCAGAUCUGAAACCGACAAUGAUAACCAUCCAUCUAUAUUUUCCAUUGUGGGCAUGGGUGGAUUGGGUAAGACCACACUCGCCCAUCAUGUGUACCGUGACCCAAAGAUGGAGGAGGCUAAAUUUGAUAUCAAAGCUUGGGUUUGUGUUUCCGAUCAUUUUGAUGUUUUGACAGUGACAAAAACAAUUCUUGAGGCAAUCACUAACUCUAAAGAUGAUAGCGGGAACCUAGAAAUGGUUCAUGGAAGAUUGAAAGACGAAAUAUCAGGAAGGAAAUUUCUUCUUGUUUUAGAUGAUGUUUGGAACGAAGGAGGAGAAGAAUGGGAAGCUGUUCGAACUCCUCUUAGCUAUGGGGCUCCAGGAAGUAAAAUUCUUGUCACAGCACGUGCUGAGAAAGUUGCUUCUAACAUGAGGUCAAAAGUGCAUCUCCUGAGGGAAUUACGAGGGGAUGAAUGCUGGAAUGUUUUUAAAAAACAUGCAUUAAGAGAUGAUGAUCUUGAAUUGAAUGAUGAGAAAGAGGAGAUUGGUAGAAGGAUAGUUGAGAAGUGCAAAGGAUUACCUCUUGCUUUGAAAACAAUUGGAAGUCUUCUCUGCAAAGAGUCAUCCAUUUCAUAUUGGAAGAGGGUAUUGGAAAACGACAUAUGGGACUUGCCGAAAGAAGUUAAAAUUAUCCCUGCUCUAUUACUGAGUUAUCAACACCUUCCUUCUCAUCUCAAGCGAUGCUUUGCUUAUUGUGCAUUGUUUCCGAAAGAUCAUGAAUUUGACAAGAAGGAAUUAAUUUUGUUGUGGAUGGCUGAAGGUUUUCUCCAUCACUCUCAACAAAUCAAUAAUGUAGAAGAAAUUGGUGAACAGUAUUUCAAUGAUUUACUAACGAGGUCUUUCUUUCUUCAAUCAGAUUUCAAAACCUAUUUCUCCAUGCAUGACCUUCUGAAUGAUUUGGCAAAAUAUGUUUGUGCAGAUUUUUGUUUCAGGUUGAAAUUUGAUAAAGGAAACUGCAUCCCCAAAAAAACUCGUCAUUUUUCAUUUGCAUUCGAUGACGUAGAAUGUUUUGAUGGUUUUGGGAGUUUCACUGAUGCUAAAAGACUGCGUUCUUUUUUUCCAUAUGAAGAAUUCGGGGGAAGAAAUAUUGAUUAUUAUCCUUUGCAAUUCAAGAUUUUGGUACAUGAAUUGUUUUCCAACUUUAAAUUUUUACGUGUCUUAUCUUUGGAUGGAUAUUCUGAGCUUAAAGAAGUCCCUGAUUCUGUUGGUGAUCUUAAACAUCUCCAUUCUUUAGACCUUUCGAGAACUGGGAUACAAAAAUUACCCGAAUCAACAUGUUUGCUCUAUAACUUGCUAAUCUUGAAGUUGAACUAUUGUUCAAGUCUGGAGGAGUUGCCCUUAAAUUUGCAUAAACUCACCAAAUUGCAUUGUAUUGAAUUUGAAAAUACAAAAGUAACAAAGAUGCCAAUGCAUUUUGGAGAGUUGAAGAAUCUUCAAGUACUCAGUCCGGUUUUUAUCGAUAAAAAUAAGGAGUUUAGUACUAAGCAUCUAGGAUGCCUCAAUCUUCAUGGAAGACUAUCAAUUAAUGAGGUGCAAAAUAUUGUAAAUCCUCUAGAUGCAUUAGAAGCAAAUCUGAAAAAUAAAGAUCUUGUGGAGUUACUGUUAAAAUGGGAGUCAGACCAUAUCCCUGAUGAUCCAAGGAAAGAAAAGAAAGUAUUGGAGAAUCUACAACCUUCCAAAAUCGUGGAAUAUUUGUCAAUAGAGAACUAUGGUGGUACAGAAUUCCCAAGUUGGGUAUUUGAUAAUUCAUUAUCAAAUUUGGUGUCCUUAAGGCUGGAGGACUGUAAAUAUUGUUUGUGUUUGCCUCCCCUUGGACUAUUGUCAUCUCUGAAGACCCUUGAGAUUAUUGGAUUUGAUGGAAUAGUGAGCAUUGGUGAUGAAUUUUAUGGGAAUAGCUCUUCUUCGUUUACAUCUUUGGAAAGUUUGAAAUUUUCAAAGAUGAAGGAAUUGGAAGAAUGUGAACGUAAGACUGCUGCUUUUCCACGUCUUGAAAUUCUCUCGGUGUAUCAAUGUCCCAAGCUAAAAGGUCUGCCAGAUCAACUUGUUAAUGUAAAGAAUCUUUAUAUAAGGAAAGCAUCGUGCCUCGAAAGGUGUGAGCAUACUGUAUCUCAUAAUUCACUUGAAGCCUUGACCUUUUUUGUUUUUCCAAUUAUGAAUAUUUCAAUGAGUCGUAGCUUUGAUCUGCUUGAACAAAUUUGCAUCUUUGAAAGUUGUGAUUCUUUAACAACCUUUCCACUCGAUUUCUUCCCAAACCUUAAGGAUCUUACAUUGUCAUCCUGUCGUAACCUACAAAUGAUUUCACAGGAUCACACUCAUACUAGUCUCGAGAUGUUGUCAAUUCGCAGUUGCUCACGAUUUGACUCAUUUCCUAGUGAAGGUUUAUCUGCUCCGCAGCUAUUGUUAAUUGAUAUUGAUGGAGCGGAGAAUUUGAAGUUGUUGCCAAAACGCAUCAGAAUCCUGCAUCCGUCUCUUUAUGUACUAAACAUAAUUAAUUGUCCAAAAGUGGAGAUGUUCCCAGACGGAGGUUUGCCACCAAAUGUAAAAGAUGUGUCUCUUUCAAGUUUGAAACUUAUAGCCUCCCUAAAAGAGACCUUGGGUACCAACACAUGUCUUCAAAGCUUGUCUAUUGAAUAUAUAGAUGUGGAGUAUUUUCCCGAUGAAGUUUUGCUACCACACUCUAUCACUUCUCUAGAAAUCUGUCGCUGCCCAAAUCUUAAAAAGAUGGAGUACAAGGGUCUCUGCCACCUCUCCUAUCUCAAACUUUAUGACUGUCCCAACCUCCAAUGCUUACCGGAGGAUGGUCUCCCCGAAUCCAUCUCCUCUCUUCGGAUCUGGAGUUGUCCAUUGUUGGAACGACGUUGUCAGAAUCCCGAAGGCCAAGACUGGAACAAGAUUGCUCACAUUGAAGACCUAAGUGUUCGCUCUAAAGUUUAAAAUUAGAUGUGCAAUAAUUCUCGUUUCUCUGCCUCUUCAACAGCAUUCCGAUCUGAAUCUGAAGGGAGCAGAAGACACCGUCCCUCAUCGGUUGGCCCUUGACUUGAUUCUAAGCUCGACACUGAACAGAGUAAGUAGUAUUUUAGGGAUAUACUUUCCAUUUAUUUACGAAAUUUGCAGAGGCAGGAUUUUAUGUAGUUGUCAUAAAACAUGUAAAGCUUGUGUAAUUGUUGAACUGUAAAAUGCGUUCGAAACAACAUUAGAUAUUUUACAAUGUAUUUUAGAUAAAUGAUCUCUACAUAAAUAUCUAGAUUACCCCUUUGAUGUAGCAUA